AUAAAAAAUAAUAUUUUUCCCGUGUUUUUCUUGAUUGAAUAUUUGUUUUUAAUCGUGUUUUUAAUAAACAACGAUAGUGUUUAACAAAAAAAAAAUUAUAUUUUGUACUCAAUAAAAAAAACAAAAAUGGAUAGUUCCGAAGACGAGGAGAAAUUUAUACCACCGGAGAAUUUAAAAACAAUUGUGUCAAGUGAAAAUAUUGAUAAAAAUUUUGUACAAUUAAAACAUAAAGAGAAUUAUGAAGCAAGUUAUCAGGCUUUUAAAAAUUGGCGUGAUUCAAAAAUGUUGUUAACCACGGAAGAAACAUUAUUAAAAUAUUUUGAAUUAAUGAGCGAAAAAUAUAAACCAUCAUCAUUGUGGUCACGUUAUUCAAUGUUAAAAAAAACUAUUAAUUUUCAUGAAAAAAUUGAUAUUACCAAAUUUAAAGGAUUGACACCGUUUUUGAAAAUUAAAUCCCAAGGAUUUCAAAGUAAACGUUGGAAAGCUUUUAAACCAGAAGAAGUAUGUGAUUUUAUUACAAAAGCUCCUGAUGAAUUUUGUUUAGCAAUAAAGGUUGUUUUAAUAGUUGGAAUAGCGGGUGCGUGUGUUGCUGAAGAAUUAGUUAAUUUAAAAACAAAAGAUAUUGAAGAGCAUGGACAAAUGUUAUUGAUAAAAAUUGCUGCAACAAAAUUUAAAAAAAGUCGCACAUUCACAAUUACACCAAAAUAUUCUGAGAUAGUAAAAAAAUAUCGUGAUUUACGUUUAAAAAAGACUGAGACCGAUAGAUUUUUUGUUAAUUUUCAUGGUGGUAAAUGUACCGUUCAAGUAAUUGGAAGAAGAAGAUUUUGCUCAAUGCCAAAACAAAUUGCAUCUUUUUUAAAAUUACAAGAACCAAAUUUAUAUACGGGACAUGUAUUUCGAUUAACUGCCGCCUCUUUGCAAAAAGAUGUUGGUAGUAAUAUUCUCGAUUUAUUAGAUAACAAUGACGAUAUUGUAAUUGAAGAAUCGCAAAAAAGAAAAAUUACAAAUCAAGAAAAGAAUGUUGAUUUGUCUUCAAUUAAAUUUCAGGAAAUUUUAUUUCCCUAUCAGGAGUCAGACGAUGAUGAGGAUGAUUACGAAGAUGUUCCUAUAAAAAUACCGAAAUUAGAAAUGGAUUUUGAAUUAAAAUCAGGGCACGAUCCACUCGAAAAAAUGUGAUAUUUCUAUUUAGCCUAGUUUUUAUAAUUUAGUUUUAAAUUCUAUUUUGUAUAGAAAAUACUUUGGUAUUUUUUGUUAUACUUCAAUAUUAAUAAUACAUAAAUGUAUUUGUAAUGACAAAUAAAUAUAUUAAAUUAUUUAUUACACAAA